CACUGCCACCCGCAGCCGCGCGGCGCUCACUGCAGUCCCGACAGCGGCCAAGCCCGGCCAAGCCGGGCGCAAUCGGCUGAGGCAGAGGCAGGAAAGGAACCAUGUUCCCAGCUUGCCGUUGCCUCUGGGUCCUCGUGGUCCUGGGCUCCAGCUGGGCAGGCUGGGGGAGCCUAGGGGCUGAAGCAGCGCGGCUAAGGCAGUUCUACGUGGCUGCUCAGAGCAUCAGCUGGAACUAUCGCCCCGAGUCCACAUACCUUAGUUCGAAUACUUCUGCAACCUCCUUUAAGAAAACUGUCUACAGAGAGUAUGAAGCAUAUUUUCAGAAAGAAAAACCACGAUCCACAACUUCAGGACUUCUCGGGCCUACUUUAUAUGCUGAAGUUGGAGACAUCAUGAAAGUUCACUUUAAGAAUAAGGCAGACAAGCCCCUAAGCAUCCAUCCUCAAGGAAUUAAGUACAGUAAAUUCUCAGAAGGUGCUUCUUACCCUGACCACACAUUCCCUGUGGAGAGGAUGGAUGAUUCUGUAGCUCCGGGUCAAGAAUAUACCUAUGAGUGGAAUAUCAGUGAGGACAGUGGGCCCACCCACGAUGACCCUCCAUGCCUCACAUAUAUCUAUUACUCCUAUGAAAAUCUGGUACACGACUUCAACUCUGGACUGAUUGGACCUCUGCUUAUUUGUAAGAAAGGCACCCUAACUGAGGAUGGGAUACAGAAGAUGUUUGACAAGCAACAUGUACUGAUGUUUGCUGUGUUUGAUGAAAGUAAAAGCUGGAACCAGACAUCAUCCCUAAUGUACACAGUCAAUGGCUAUGUGAAUGGGACAAUGCCAGAUAUAACAGUUUGUGCCCAUGACCACAUCAGUUGGCAUCUGAUUGGAAUGAGCUCUGGGCCAGAACUGUUCUCCAUUCAUUUCAACGGCCAUGUCCUGGAGCAGAGCCAUCAUAAGAUCUCAGCCAUCACUCUCGUCAGUGCUACGUCCACAACUGCAAACAUGACCAUGAGCCUAGAGGGAAAGUGGAUCAUAUCUUCGCUCAUCCCAAAACAUUUUCAAGCUGGGAUGCAGGCUUACAUAGACAUUAAAAACUGUGCAAAGAAAACCAGGAAUCCUAAGAAACUAACUCGAGACCAGAGGCGGCACAUUAAGAGAUGGGAAUACUUCAUUGCUGCAAAGGAAGUCAUUUGGGACUAUGCACCUAUAAUACCAGCAAACAUGGACAAAAAGUACAGAUCUCUGCAUUUGGAUAAUUUCUCAAACCAAAUUGGAAAACAUUAUAAGAAGGUUGUCUACAAACAGUACCAAGAUGCAUCCUUCACCAAACUCCUGGAGAAUCCCGAUAACAAACAAGAUGGGAUCUUGGGCCCUAUUAUCAGAGCCCAGGUCAGAGACACACUUAAAAUCACGUUCAAAAAUAUGGCCAGCCGCAGCUACAGCAUUUACCCUCAUGGUGUGACCUUCUCUCCUUAUGAAGAUGAAGUCAACUCUUCCUCCACCUCAGGCAGUAACACCAUGAUCAAAGCAGUUCAACCAGGGGAAACCUAUACUUAUAAGUGGAACAUCCUAGAGUCUGAUGAACCCAAGGAAAAUGAUGCUCAGUGCUUAACAAGACCAUACUAUAGUAAUGUGGACAUCACAAGGGACAUUGCCUCUGGGCUGAUAGGGCUACUUUUAAUUUGUAAGAGCAGAUCCUUGGAUAAGCGAGGCAUACAGAGGGCAGCAGACAUUGAGCAGCAGGCUGUGUUUGCUGUGUUUGAUGAGAACAAGAGCUGGUACAUUGAGGACAACAUCUACAAGUUCUGUGAAAAUCCUGAGAAGGUGAAACGUGAUGACCCCAAGUUUUAUGAGUCAAACAUCAUGAGCACUAUCAAUGGCUAUGUGCCUGAGAGCAUACCCACACUAGGAUUCUGCUUUGAUGACACCGUCCAGUGGCACUUCUGCAGUAUGGGAACCCAGAAUGACAUUUUGACCAUUCACUUCACUGGGCACUCAUUCAUCUAUGGAAAGAAACACGAGGACACCUUGACCCUCUUCCCCAUGCGUGGGGAAUCUGUGACCGUCACAAUGGAUAAUGUUGGAACUUGGAUGUUAACUACCAUGAAUUCCAAUCCAAGAAGCAAAAAACUGUGGCUGAGAUUCAGGGAUGUUAAGUGUAUCCGGGAUUAUAAUGAUGACUCAUAUGAUAUUAUAUACGAACCUUCAGGAUCUACAUCCAUAACUACAAGGAAAAUGCGUGAAUCUUCAGAAAUCAAAGAUAAAAAUAAUGAUGCUGACUAUGAUUACCAGAACACACUGGCUUUAUCAUUAGGAAUCAGGUCAUUCAGAAAUUCAUCAUCAAAGCAGGAGGAAGAUAAGUUCAAUCUUACCGCCCUGGCUCUGGAGAACAACUCUGAAUUCAUUCCUCCAAGUACCAACAGAACUGUUGGUUCAAAUUCUUCUUCCCCAGGUAACAUUAGCAGGCUUAUUGCCAAUAACUUUGCACAACCUCUAAAAAUUCUUCCUCACCCAGAAGCCACCACAGCUGGUCCACCGCUAGGACACACCAGCUUAGAUAAGAACUCAGUUCUCAACCCUCCCACAGCAGAGCAUUCCAGCCCUUAUUCUGAAGACUCUAUAGAAGAUCCUCUAUACUCAGAUGUCACAGGGAUAAGCCUGCUUCCAUUUGGUACAGAAGAAUUCAGAAAUCAAGAACAUGCUAAACGUAAAAGAUUCAAGGCAGGAAGAGGCCGAGGAGCAAAGCAUAGGUUCUCCCAGAUGGAAUUCCCAGCACAUAAAACUGGUAGACAUUUAAGCCAAGGCAACUCUUCUUCUUCCAGAAUAGGGCCCUGGGAGAACCUUCCCAGUGAUCUGUUACUCUUACAACAAAAGGAUCCAUCUAAGAUUCUGAAUGGGGAAUGGCAUUUGGUUUCUGAGAAAGGCAGUUAUGACAUAAUCCAAGAUGCUGAUGAAGUUAAGGUUGUUAAUAAGCUGCCAAACAGCCCCCAGAAUGACUCAAGGACUUGGGGAGAAAACAUCCCUUUUAAAGACAAGCAUGGAAAGCAGAGUGGCCACCCAACGUUUUUUGUAACUAGACAUAAACCUCUACAAGGAAGACGAGAUGGAGGAAAUAGUAGAUUGAAGAAAGGCCUUUUUUUAAUUAGGACACGAAGAAAGAAAAAGGAAGAGAAGCCUGCACACCAUGUUCCUCUAUCUCCAAGGAGUUUUCACCCUCUGAGAGUAGAGGCCAACACCCCAUUUUCAGAUGGGAGACAUAAUCAUUCAUUGUUACUCCACCCAUCCAAUGAAACAUCUCUUCCCGCAGACCUCAAUCAGACACUCCCCUCUAUGAACCUUAGCCUCAUGGCCUCACUUCCUGAUGGUGAUCAAAACCCCCCAAAUGACACCAGUCAGACAAGCUCCCCUCCAGAUCUUUAUCAGACAGUGAGCCCAGAGGAACACUAUCAAACAUUCCCUAUUCAAGACUCUGAUCCAACGCACUCCACUACAGUCCCCAGUCACAGAUCUCCUCUUCCAGAGCCCAGCCAGAUACCCGACUAUGACCUAAGAAACAAGGCCUUCCCUACUGAUGUUAGUCAAACGUUCCCUUCCUUGGAACUUGAAGUCUGGCAGACAACUACCUCUCUAGACCUCGGUCAGCCAUCCCUCUAUCCAGAUCUCAGCCGGACCACCCCUUCUCCAGACCCUGGACAGGAGACUCUCUCUCCAGACCUCAGCCAGACAACAUUUUCCCCAGAUCUUAGCCAGGAGACUCUCUCUCCAGACCUCGGCCAGAUGGCCCUUUCCCCACACCCUGGCCAGGAGACUCUCUCUCCAGACCUCAGCCAGACAACAUUUUCCCCAGACCUUGGCCAGGAGACUCUCUCUCCAGACCUCAGCCAGACAACAUUUUCCCCAGACCUUAGCCGGGAGACUCUCUCUCCAGACCUCGGCCAGAUGGCCCUUUCCCCACACCCUGGCCAGGAGACUCUCUCUCCAGACCUCAGCCAGACAACACUUUCCCCAGACCUCAGCCAGACCUUCUCUCCAGACCUCAGCCAGACAACAUUUUCCCCAGACCUUGGCCAGGAGACUCUCUCUCCAGACCUCAGCCAGACAACAUUUUCCCUAGACCUCAGCCAGACCUUCUCUCCAGACCUCAGCCAGACAACAUUUUCCCCAGACCUUGGCCAGGAGACUCUCUCUCCAGACCUCAGCCAGACAACAUUUUCCCUAGACCUCAGCCAGACCUUCUCUCCAGACCUCAGCCAGACAACAUUUUCCCCAGACCUUGGCCAGGAGACUCUCUCUCCAGACCUCAGCCAGACAACAUUUUCCCCAGACCUUAGCCGGGAGACUCUCUCUCCAGACCUCGGCCAGAUGGCCCUUUCCCCACACCCUGGCCAGGAGACUCUCUCUCCAGACCUCAGCCAGACAACACUUUCCCCAGACCUUGGCCAGGAGACUCUCUCUCCAGACUUCAGCCAGACAACACUUUCCCCAGACCUUGGCCAGGAGACUCUCUCUCCAGACUUCAGCCAGACAACACUUUCCCCAGACCUCGGCCAGGAGACUCUCUCUCCAGACCUCAGCCAGACAACGCUUUCCCCAGACCUCGGCCAGGAGAUUCUCUCUCCAGACCUCAGCCAGACAACACUUUCCCCAGACCUUGGCCAGGAGACUCUCUCUCCAGACCUCAGCCAGACAACACUUUCCCCAGAUCUUAGCCAGGAGAUUCUCUCUCCAGACCUCAGCCCGAUGGCCCUUUCCCAGGACCUUGGCCAGGAGACUCUCUCUCCAGACCUCAGCCAGACAACACUUUCCCCAGACCUCGGCCAGGAGACUCUCUCUCCAGACCUCAGCCCAAUGGCCCUUUCCCAGGACCUUGGCCAGGAGACUCUCUCUCCAGACCUCAGCCAGACAACCCUUUCUCCAGACCUUGGCCAGACAACACUUUCCCCAGAUCUUGGCCAGACGACUCUUCCCCCAAACCUCAGUCAGAUGCCACUUUCCCCAGACCUCAACCAGGCAACUCUCUCUCCAGACAUCAGUCAGACAUCCCUUCCUCUUGAUCUCAGGCAGACAUCACCUCCUCUAGAUCUCAAUCAGACAUCCCACACUUCUGAAUCUAUUCAGUCAUUGCCUCUCCCAGAACUUGGUCAGACUUUCCCUUAUGCAGAUCUUGGUCAGAUGCCAUCUCCUCCACCACAUUCUCCACUAAAUAACACUUUUAUACCAAGAGAAUUUAAUCCACUGGUCAUAGUAGGUCUCAGUAGAGAUGAUGGAGAUUACAUUGAAAUUAUUCCAAGGCAGAAGGAAGAGAGCAGUGAAGAAGACUAUGGUGAAUUUGAUUUUGUGACCUAUGAUGACCCUUACCAAACUGAUCUCAGGACAGACAUCAACUCCUCCAGAAAUCCUGACAACAUUGCAGCAUGGUACCUUCGCAGCAACAAUGGAAACAGAAAAAAUUAUUACAUUGCUGCUGAAGAACUAUCCUGGGAUUAUUCAAAAUUUGCACAAAGUGAAGACAUUGAUGAUGUUUCCAAGGACACCAUAUACAAGAAAGUAGUUUUUCGAAAGUACCUUGAUAGCUCUUUUAACAAGCUUGAUCCUCGGGGAGAGUAUGAAGAGCAUCUUGGCAUACUUGGUCCUAUCAUUAGAGCUGAAGUGGAUGAUGUUAUCCAAGUUCGUUUUAAAAACUUAGCAUCCAGACCAUAUUCUCUUCAUGCCCAUGGGCUUUUCUAUGAAAAAUCAUCAGAGGGAAAGACUUAUGAAGAUGACUCUCCUGAAUGGUUUAAUGAAGACAAUGCUGUUCAGCCCAACAGCACUUAUACAUAUGUAUGGCACGCCACUGAGCGAUCAGGGCCAGAAAAUCCUGGCUCUGCCUGUCGGGCUUGGGCCUACUACUCGGCAGUGAACCCAGAAAAAGAUAUCCAUUCAGGCUUGAUAGGACCCCUUCUGAUCUGCCGAAAAGGAACACUUCAUAAGGAGACCAACAUGCCUGUGGACAUGAGAGAAUUUGUCCUACUUUUUAUGGUCUUUGAUGAAAAGAAGAGCUGGUACUAUGAAAAGAAGCCCACGAGGUCUUGGAGCCGCACAUCCUCAGAAGUAAAAAACUCCCAUGAGUUUUAUGCCAUCAAUGGGAUGAUCUACAACUUGCCUGGCCUGAGAAUGUAUGAGCAAGAGUGGGUGAGGUGGCACCUGCUGAACGUAGGCGGCUCCCAGGACAUUCAUGUGGUUCACUUUCAUGGCCAGACCUUGCUGGAAAAUGGCACUCAACAGCACCAGUUAGGGGUCUGGCCUCUUCUGCCUGGUUCAUUUAAAACUCUUGAAAUGAAGGCAUCAAAACCUGGCUGGUGGCUCCUAGACACAGAAGUUGGAGAAAACCAGAGAGCAGGGAUGCAAACGCCAUUUCUCAUCAUAGACAGAGACUGUAAAAUGCCAAUGGGACUAAGCACUGGUCUCAUAGCUGAUUCACAGAUCAAGGCUUCUGAGUUUUGGGGUUAUUGGGAACCCAAAUUAGCAAGACUAAACAAUGGUGGAUCAUAUAACGCUUGGAUCGCAGAAAAACUUGCAGUAGAAUUUAACCCUAAACCUUGGAUCCAGGUAGACAUGCAAAGGGAAGUCCUGUUCACAGGGAUCCAGACCCAAGGUGCCAAACACUACCUGAAGUCUUACUACACCACCGAGUUCUUUGUGGCUUACAGCUCUGACCGGACAAACUGGCGGAUCUUCAAAGGAAACAGCACUAGGAACGUGAUGUAUUUUCAUGGCAAUUCGGAUGCCUCUACAAUAAAAGAGAAUCAGUUUGACCCACCGGUUGUGGCUAGAUAUAUUAGAAUCUCUCCAACUAACUCCUAUAACAAACCUGCCCUUCGAUUGGAGCUGCAAGGUUGCGAGGUUAACGGAUGCUCCACACCGCUGGGUAUGGAAAGUGGAAAGAUAGAAAACAAGCAAAUCACAGCUUCCUCAAUUAAAAACUCUUGGUGGGGAGAUUACUGGGAACCCUUCCUUGCCCGCCUUAAUGCCCAGGGCCGUGUGAAUGCCUGGCAAGCCAAGGCAAACAACAACAAUCAGUGGUUACAAAUUGAUCUGCUCAAAAUCAAGAAGAUAACAGCGAUUGUAACACAGGGUUGCAAGUCUCUGUCCUCUGAAAUGUAUGUGAAGAGCUACACCAUCCAGUACAGUGACCAGGGAGUUGAAUGGAAACCUUACAGAGAGAAAUCCUCGUUGGUAGACAAGAUUUUCGAAGGAAAUAAUAAUAUCAAAGGACACGCGAAGAACUUUUUCAACCCACCAAUCAUUUCCAGGUUUAUACGCAUCAUUCCUAAAACAUGGAAUCAAAACAUUGCACUUCGCCUGGAACUCUUUGGCUGUGAUAUUUAAUAGAAUUGAUUAUUCGAAAAGAUAGGAGGGACUCAAAGAUAUCAAACCAUUUAGAGUGGACAAUGUAUUUUAGAGCUAUUUUAAAUAUUAAAAAUUUUCCACUAUUUCUCUUUUUUCUAUUAGAGAAUAAAAUUUUAUAUGUGAAACCUUUAUAA